UUUUAAUGUGAUGCUUUUUUUCAUUUUCAGGAGGAGAACGAGCCAACUGCAGACUCCCUCCUAGCAGACCAGGUAGUAGUUGAGGUACCGUCCAGCCCAGCCAGUCCAUUUGAGGCUGACACCAAGACUGAGGACCAUAGUAUCAAGUCCCAGGAUGGACCAGAUAUACUUCCUAUAUCACAGGGCUCCUACAGCUCAGAGGAAGAGCUGAAGGAGUUGCAGACAGACAGAAAUGUCCCUAUGAUUGACACGACCGCUGACACAGCCAUGCCUUCCAAGGAAGAGGUGAAUGUGGAGAAGAGGCGUCUGAAUUAUGUACAGAUGGAGGAGAGCAGUGGGAGCGAACCCUCUCCCUCGCCCCAGGUCCAGAGACGGAGGUUAAGUGCGAUAGCAGUCAGCACGGCAGCCUCAUCCAGCAGCGAGGACUACAAAGCAGACAGCCCAGCAGUCAGCCCAGACUCAUCUGUGGAUGAGGAGGAGUUCAUCCGCAGGCAGAUCAUGGGGAUGACAGGAGAGGAGGAGAUGUUUCUCUCAGAGGAGGAAAAAGAUGAGAAAGAGAGCAUAGAGGAGGAGACCAAGGAGGCUGAGGUAGAUAACGAAUCAGGCAAAUCCAAACUUCUACUAAAGAAAGGCAUUAUGGAUAAUGAAGACAGCCCAGCCAGGAGACCAUCUCCAGGAUCUGAGGCUAAAACCACUGCAGAUAGGUCUGAGCUCACCACCACUGUGUUUAAGAAAGACAUGGCGUUACAGAGAACAAAGAGCACGGAUGAUGGAGAUGCUGAGGUGGAGAGCAUCACAGAGUCUCUGGAGGAUAAAUCCAAGGGUGAGGGGUCAUCCAGUGUCCAGGUGUCCAGCUUCACCCCUGGAACCUCCCCCACCUCAGCCUCUUCUCUGGAGGAGGACAGCGACAGCAGCCCCAGCCACAAGAGGAGUGGGGAGGGGAAACAGCACCGCAAGGCCAAGCACAGGCAGGCAGGCCAGUCCCUUCCCACCAUCGAGGACUCGUCAGAAGAGGAGGAACUCAGGGAGGAAGAAGAUCACCUCAGGGAGCAGGAGAAACAGGAGUCGGACCAGCAGCAGGGGAAGAGGAGCUCCAAGAAGUCCAAGAGGGAUAAAGACGAACUACAGACUCAGAGGAAAUGGGAUAAGCCUGUAACCUCGCCCAGUAACCUGUCUCCUAUUGAAAACGCCUCGCCCACUGUGGAGAUGAGGCAGGCUAGAGAGAUGGAAGUGUUUCACAAGUCCUCAGGCUCUGACUAUUCUCCUAGCAUGGAGUCUGAUUCAGAAGCGUUUCACACAGAGGCCAAGAUAGCUGUCCCAAAAGGACAGAAGUUCAGUACUGCAGAGCCACUAAAGAAUGCAGAGGAUAUAUAUGAGGAGAUGCUUCAGAAAGCUAGAUCUCCUAAAGGAGAGACAGAGCCAGUCCCUGAGAUAGAGCCACUCUACGGAGGCAUGGCCAUAGAGGACUACCUCUAUGAGUCCCUAGUGGAGGAGCCUGAAGCUAAACCUAGUUCAGCCCUACCGGAGCAGUCCAGUAAAGACCAUGCUAAAGAGCCAGGGAAGAAAAGUUUAAGAUCUCCUGAAGAGGUGUAUGAGGAAAUAAUGCUGAAGAAGAAGGAACUGAUGUUGAUAGAGCAGGAGUUCCAGAGGGCUCAGUCAGCGAUGGACACUCCAACUCCAGAAAUACAUGUGACUGCACCAUCCAGUGCUGCAGCUGAGAGCUGCAAAGUUGGUGAGGCAGAGGGAGAGAAGCCUAUGUUAGAUGCGGAUUCUACCUACGUUAAGAGGAAGAAACGUCCUGCUCCACCACGACCCUCUGAACCUCCUAAACGGCCCGAGGUCUACGUUGCCAAGCCAACAGUUCCUCAGGAUAUGACUAUGAGGAGGGCUCUUUUCCCCAUACCGGAUUUGAAGAUCACCCAGUGUUCCUCUGGAGAGGAUGAAACGGAUGAUAGUAUAAUAGAGGAGUAUGGAGUGGGAGUGUCCUCUGAUAUUACCCCUAGCGAUGAGUCUGAAACUAAAGAACAGGUAGAGUCCUCUCCAGUUUCAGAACAUACACCAAUAAUAGAGGCAGCUGAGAUUGAACCCAUCAUUGUAGUGUGUGAGGUUCCCCAGGCGAAAGCUACUCCAGCCCCUGCCCCUGAGACAGUUCUAGCCACCAGUACAACCACCACAACAUCACCAAUCUCUCCGGUAUCACCUCCCACCUCACCAGCAACUCCAGACUCAAGUCUAGCCUCCAAUGCUACUUCCUCUUCCUCUUUCCAAGCUCCAAGUCCUCUCUCCUCUGACUCUACUCCAGUGUCCACUCCAACACCAGACCUGGCCAAAGCUGCAGCUCCCUUCGCAGCUCAGCUGCCUGCUGAUAUCUCCCCUCCUUCUAUUGCUCCCAUUAUGCCUGUUUCUCCAACCACAGUUUUAGUCACAAUUCCAGAUGUGGUGACAGAUCCAACCCAAGCACCAACACCAGCUACAACUACAGUCCAUGCUUCUGCUCCACUAGCCCAACCCCAAGCCUCAGUCCCUGCCUCAGUGGUGGUGCACAUACCUGAUCCGGUUGUAAUCCAAAUGCCAGACCUGGUUACAUCUCCAUCCCAGAUGUCUGUUCAGGGUCCACCUUCUGUGCAGGUCACAGCACCAACUCCAGUACCAAGCCCAGUACCUUCUGAAGCCACAUCUCCGGUCCCAGCUGCUCCCAGUGCAAUGUCAACUUCGGCUACAGUCUCUGCUCCAACUCCAGCCCCAGCUCCAGUUGUAGUCCAAAUGCCAGACCUGGUUACCAUCACCUCUUCAGUUUCACCCCAAGCCCCACUACCUGUGACAUCCUCGGCUCCUGCCCAAGCUACAGUGGUGCAUUCAGUCCCUGUCCAGACUGCUGCCCCACCUCCAACCCCAGUAGUAGUCCCAGCCAUAGGGACACGCCGAAUUCAGAGACAAGCCUCCACCAAAAAAGCCCCACCUCCUCCUCCACCUAGGUCUACAUCUGUCUCCCUGCCCCAAACCUCAGCAGAGCCUACCUCUAUCAGGGCCAUCCAUAAUGUCUCCCCGACCGUGACUACCACAAUAGCCAUGGGAGCAGCUCUGCCUGUGGUGGUGAAUGUACAGUCGCUAGUGGAGGAUGUCCGGCCAGAAGGUGUUGCUGGCUCUCAGGUUAUGAUGACCCCAACCAGACAGGGGCAUGUGGUCAUCAUAGUUCCCAAUGUGAAGAACAUGUCAGUGCUCAGCCAGACAACCCAAGACCUUGUGGCAAACUCAGUGGCAAUAACUACCACCUCUGCUGUGGUUGAUGGCAGUAGUCAGAUAGCAGCAAGGCCUGUGGUUGUCAGUGUUGCUCCUUUCUAUACUGCUCCCUCUGUUCCUGCUGUACACAGCUCAGACACAUAUAUACCUUUGGCAGAUACCCCAACACCUCCUUUGCCUCCUCCACCACCCCCUGCCACCUUACAAAAGCCAGCUGUUUAUCCCAAAAAGCCUUCCAUUUCCAUCCCACCUUCAGUCCCAACAUCAGUGCCAGUCUCAGCUGCUUUGACAAUGGCACAGGCAACUGUAACAACCUCAGACCCCAGUCCAGUACACAAGGCCCCUGCACCCCCUCCAGUCCCCCCCAAGCCUGUGUCCAUCCCAGCAGGGCUGGUGUUCAGCCACCGACCAGGGGAGAGUGUCAAACCUCCAGUGUAUCCCACUGCCAGCCACACACUUCCCACGACCAGAGAAGUGGUUCCGAAAGCCAGCUCAGCAGAGCCAUUCACAGCCACAACACUGCCCAGGACCAGAGAACCUCCCAAUGCCCUGUCUCUGAGUCUGACCACCCCAGUGGAAUCCAAGAUGAGUGCUACCUCACCCAGGUCCCCUCUUUCUCCAAGGAACGCCAAGUGUCUGGAGACGUAUGUUGUGAUAACUCUGCCCUCAGAGCCUGGCACACCCACAGAGGGAAUCACUGUCCAAGCCCCCAUCAGAAGAGGGUCCAUCCUCCCCUCUAAGCAGACAGGCCCAGGGGUUAGGACCACACCGUCAGAACAGCAGUCACCCAUUGAGGCCUUCUCAGCCCAGGACAAUGUCAGGAGAGCAUCAGUUCCCUCAUUGAGGCAGCCACCACCACCAGCAGCAGCAAUAGGACCAGUCGAAGUAGCAGCACCCCUAGAGGGAGUCACUGUUCUAGCAACAGCAAGACAGCCUUCCAUACCAUCAGCUAUGCAGCCUCCAUACGGUAUGGCUGAGGUGGUGACAGUUUCAGCUGGGUCUGAGAUGCCUAUUCAGGUACACAAUGUCCCAGCUCCAAUCAAGAAACCGUAUAAACCUCCAACAGCCAAGCCAUCGCAGACAGUGUCUGUGGUUAUGACGAUGCCAUCAGAGCAACGGGUUCCUGUAGAAGUGUCUGCAACUCAAGCCUCUGGUAGAAGGGCAUCAAUACCUGCUGUACCUCAGCAGCCACAAUAUGUGGCUGAAGUAAUGGCUUUACCAGCAGAGCUGGACAUACCUACAGAGGUUGUUUCAAUUGAGGCCAUGUCUGGAAGAGCAACAAUACCAUCAGAAAUGCAGCAACCACAAACCAUGGCAGAGGUAAUGCCAUUACAGCAGGAAAUACCAACGGGAGCUAUGGCCAUCCAAAUCCAUGUAGAAGCUACACCCUCAACCAUGCAUCAGUCACCAUCUCUGAUAGAGGUGGUUUCAACUGAGGGUGUCUUUAGAAGAGCAUCAAUACCAUUGGAAAUGCAGCAACCACAAACCAUGACAGAGGUAAUGCCAUUACAGCAGGACACACCAUCAAUACGAUCAUCUGCACCACAACCACAAGGAGUGGCUGAAGGAAUGACUUUUCCUUCAGAGUAUGACAUGCCUACGGAGGUUAUAACAACUGAGGCCACUACCACUAGAAGGACAUCCAUAUCCUCUGUAGCACAACAACCAUUCACAUUUGCUGAAGUAAUGACUUACCCAUCAGAGUAUGAAACACCCACCCAGGUGGUUACAACUGAGGCUAUUUCCACUACAAAAAGAGAGUCUAUAACCAUGCAGCAGCUUCUAACUAUGGCCCAGGUUAUCACAAUGCCUGCAGAGGCAGAGGUACCUCUAGAGGCAUAUGCUGCCCAAGUUCAAUACAGGAGAGAAUCCAUCCCCUCAGCAGUGCAACCACCACAGGCAGUAUCAGAGGUCCUGAGUUACUCAUCAGAGUAUGAGACCCCCCUCGAGGUCAUUACAACUGAAGCCUACACCAGGAGAAUGUCAGUUCCCUCUGGCCAGGAGGUUCCCCAGACUGUCCCCGUGGCUCCAGUCACCAUCACCAGGAAGUUCCACCAGGAGUCGAUAGAGAGCCAGGAAAUCCGUGGGCCUGAGAAGGUGGUGUCCAGCCUGAGCCACGUGUACUCCUCCUCUAUCUCCACCUCAGCCCAGCCCCCAGAGAGACUGCCCAGCUUGGUCACUCAGGUGGUCACCACCGAGGUUCAGAGAACCACUGUGUCUGUGGUUCAUGAGAGGCUUCCCCAGGCUCCUGCGUCAGACGCAUUGGCCAUCCUUAUCCAGCCAGACCUGGCUAAAGUCCAGCCCUCUCCCAAACAGAACGGGAAGAUCUACUCCGGUGAUGCCAUUGACCUCCGCACCAUUAAGGUCGGUGUAAAGAUGACCGAUUCAGGGAUGGACUUGACGCCUCAGGAAUCGAGUCGCCAGUCUGUCUGUAGCAACUCUAGUGGCCGACAUACGGCAGUGCAGCCAGAGAUAGUGAACCUGAGUGCUGAGAUCACCCCUUCCGCCACGUUGGCUGUUGUCACUGAUAGCAUCACUAUUGUCACCUGUUCAGCCACCAUUGCCUCCUACACCAGCGAGCCAGAAGAAAAGCCUUUAGAUCUGCAGGGUUAUGUUGCCUCCAUGCCUCUCCCUCUUACCACAUACAAACCAUUCGAGCCUCUGGCACAGAUAGUGUAUAGGCGUGUAGACUCACCACCUAUCGUCAGCACGGUGAUAGCCAGAGACACAGAGACACCAAUUAACCUGUCCUAUGGAGCCUCCACAGUAGAUAGCAGGCUUCCAGUGACCAUGGCCCCAGCUGUCAGCAAUGGGGGAACCAUGCUCUCAGAGCUGGCUGGGGCCGUGGACCUGUCCACCUCCAGACCCCUUAGGGCCAUGGUGGCUCUGUCCGGCACCAGCCCAGGUGUGGUGACCACGGUUGUAGAGGAUGAUGGGACGCCCAUAGAUCUGACAGCUGGGAAAAAUGUGUGCUGUGACGUCAUCUACAAGCUACCCUUCACAGGGAGCUGUAGGACCCAGCCACCAGUUAUUACCCAGCCUGACCACUUCAGCUACAGAGACGACCACUACCAGUAUGAUCAUGCUGGGGUCUAUGGAAUCAAGGUCUUGAACGGCAAGGCCAUGUCUGAGACCAAUCUGGCUGAUGCAGGACUCUUCCUCUAUAAUGGAAAGACCGAAUAUGACUAUAACGGAGUCUUGGACAGUGCGGUAGACCUGACAGCUGGUAAUAUAUCCGCAGGUGAAGCUCUAGACUACACUAGUAAAGCUGCUGGGGCCUAUACUGGGAUAUCCACUGCUCCAUAUUCCCAGGUCCCUGCUUAUAGUGUCUUUAGAUCCUCAGACGGAAUGGUAUACUCCUCCAUAGCAGCCCCUGUUCCUUCUACAUAUGCCAUUACCACCCAGCCAGGGUCCAUCUUCAGCACCACCCUACCCCCUACCACCACCCUCCAGGAGCAGCCAGCCCAAGCUCCAUACCCCUAUGGCUUCAUCCCCACCACCGACCCUGGCAACCAGAUCAUCAGCCUGGGAACUGGCCUGCCCAAGGACCUGCUGCCCAGCGCUCUGGCUGACAUCAUGACUGGCUUCCCUGCCCUGUACUCUGACCAGACCCUGGAGGCCAUCGCAGCCUCUCUGGAGGCCCUGGCCUCGUUGCCCAUGUUCCCCGGCCUGGAUGACAGCAAGAUCACCCAGUAUCAGAUGGAGAGGGAGUUCCUGCAGCUGGAGAAGCUGAAGCAGCUGUGUCUGGCAGAGGAGCUGGAGUGGGAGAGGCAGGAGAUCCAGCGCUACCGCGAGCAGGAGCAGAUCAUGGUGCAGAGGGAGCUGGAGGAGCUGCAGGCUCUGAAACAGAAGUUGUUAGUUCAACAGGAAGAGGAGCACCAGGCACACCUUGUAGCACAGCAGGAGACCUACAACCAGCAGAGGGAACAGCUAGAGCAGAUCCAACAGCUCCAGGUGCAGCUACAGCACCAGCUAGAGGAGCACUACGGUACCACAGGAACCUCAGAUAACCUGCUAGAGGCACAGUAUGCAGGGGUGGGGGAUAACGGUCAGUACUGGCCUGUUAGGGAUGAGUCCACCACCUCAUCCACUGUCAUCCAGCUAGAAGGUGGGGUGCAGUAUGUGACCGGUGAGGGUCAGAGAGAGGUUGGAGGUCAGGACCAGCUGCAAUUCAGUAGGAAACAGUCGGCAGGGUCUAAGCAGCCUGGUGACCAGGGUUAUGGUACAGGGGUGGUAGGGAAGAGGAUAGUGGACAGUGGGGUCCAGACAGACGAUGAGGACUCGGUAGACAGAACGUAUGUGGGGAGGAGGAAGAGGAACAACAGGGGGAGGGGUGUAGACAGCAGUGUUCAGACUGAUGAUGAGGAGGACCAAGAGGAUGGGUGGGACAUGCCAACCAGGUCGCGGCGGCGCUCCCGCUCCAGCAAGCACAGCGGUGAGGGGAAACACAGUGGCUCUAAGGUCUCCAGCAUUGCCAUCCAGACUGUGGCAGAGAUCUCUGUCCAGACCGACCACUCUGGCAGCAUCAAAUGCCCCAGCAUUCAGAUGGACACUAAGGUGGAGAUCAUCAAACACAUCUCAGCCCCAGAGAACUCUCAGAGAGGAGGCAGCCUCAGCUGCCAGACAGACACAGACCGCAGGCGCCACUUGCCCGUAGAGGUGGGCUACAGCGCCUACCUGAAGGCAGACCUCGCCCCCAAGUCCCCCAAAGUGCUUUACUCUCCCGUGUCCCCCCUCUCCCCGAGUAAGGCCAUGGAGGAAGGGCAGAAGAGGCUGACCACUGACCCGUCCAGGUUUUCCAACGGCCCUAGGAUGCUGAAGCCUGGACCGAAGUCUCUGCCUGACCCCAAGUCUCUCAGCCCCACCACCGAGGACAGGAUAGGCUACCACCACACAGAAACCUACUCUGGCCAGGGCUCUCCGUCAGGCACUGGAAAGAAGGUGAAGAGGACCCUACCCAACCCUCCCCCGGAGGAUGACCCUCUGACUGGCCCAUCAGGCUACAGCGCCAACUCAGCGCGCCGACGUCUCGGCCGUCACACCACCAUGGCCCGGGCCAAGAUCUUGCAGGACAUCGACAAGGAGCUGGACCUGGUGGAGAGAGAGUCAUCCAAGCUCCGCAGAAAACAGGCCGAGCUAGAUGAGGAGGAGAAAGAGAUUGACGCCAAGCUGAGGUACCUGGAGAUGGGCAUCAACCGUCGUAAGGAUGCCCUGCUGCAGGAGAGGGAGAAGAGGGAGAGGGCCUACCUGCAGGGUGUGGCUGAGGAGAGAGACUACAUGUCGGACAGCGAGGUCAGCAACAUCAGGGAGACCAGAGGGAACAGCCACGGCCUGGAGAGACCCAGGACAGCUCCACAGUCAGAGUUCGACCAGUUCAUUCCCCCUGAAACUGAGGCUGACUCCCAGUACCCCACUCUUACCAGUCCCUACUCCCACUACACCCAGUAUGUCCCUCAGACCCAGGCCAUCAGCCACUACCCCCAGCAGACCCUGUACCAGCAGCAGGCCCUCUACCAGCAGCACCCCUACCAGAGUCAGUCAGUCUACUCCUCUGUGCCAAGCCUGUCCUACCCCCAGGCCUCCCACUCCCACCAGCAGGCCCAGUCCUCAGGCUACCAGUCCAAGAACACCACCAACUACGAGGUGAUCCGGAACCAGCCCAUGAUCAUCGUACCCUCCUCCAGCGAGGGGGGGUAUGGGGUGGGGAAGUACGGCAGUCUGGAACUGAGGAUGGGCCUGGAGGAGAGGAGCAUGGCCUCCAGCCCCAUGUCUAGUAUAUCUGCUGAGUCUUUCUAUGCUGACAUCGACCACCACAAUGCCAGGAACUAUGUUCUGAUAGAGGACAUUGAGCAGCUGACUAAAGGCUCUACAGCGCUGGGCUCUGCAGGGCUGGGGUCAGGGUUCAGUCUGCCUGAUAAGGACCUGUCUAAGGCUGACAGGCUGCUCCGGGCCGCUGAGGCCAGGCGCACUGCAGAGGUUGCGGAGUUCCUUGGUAACUCGCGUCUGCACAGCUACGGUAAAGGAGAGGAGGACUCUAUGGAGGAGCCUUAUGAGCUGAAGCUCCUGAAGCAACAGAUAAAGCAGGAGUUUAGACGAGGGACGGAGGGUCUGGAGCACCUCUCAGGCCUGGGCAUGCCCCAGUACCUCCCCACUGACCCCAGCUACAGACACUUCCCUAAGGCUGACAAGUACAGCAUCAGCCGGCUGACCUUGGAGAAACAAGCUGCCAAGCAGCUCCCUGCCGCUGUGCUCUACCAGAAACAGAUCAAGAACCAGAAGAAGGCAACCCUGAUGGACCCCAAGAUAACCAAGUUCUCCUCCAUCCAGGAGAGCAGAGACCUGGAGCCAGACUACAGUAGCUUCCUGGGCUCUGGAGCCUCGUCUGUCACCAACCUGUCCACGCGAGCCAGACUGCUCCAGGAUGAGAUCACCUUUGGCCUGAGGAAGAACCUGUCUGAGCAGCAGAAGUACCUGGACUCCUCCCUGGGAUCUAACCUGGCUGGCUCUCUGGGCCAGAACCUGGGCCAGUCCCUUGGCCUGGGGGGACCCACCAUGAGGACUACCCUACAGGACGACACCACCUACCCCAGCGGCACGCGCUCUCGCCCCUCCUCCCGCCCCAACUCCCGUCCCACUUCCGUCUAUGGCCUGGAUCUGUCCAUCAAACGGGACCUUUCCAGCUCCUCUCUCAGGCUGAAGAUUGAGGGAGAAGCAUUGGACGCAGCGUUCGGCACUGGGGUGACCAGGACCAAGCCCACCAGCCUGCCUAUAAGCCAGAGCCGCGGGCGCAUCCCCAUCGUGGCUCAGAACUCAGAGGAGGAGAGCCCUCUGAGUCCUGUGGGAGAGCCCAUGGGCAUGGCCAGAGCCUCAGCCGGCCCUCUACCACCCAUCUCAGCUGACUCCAGAGACCAGUUUGGCUCUAGCCACUCCCUGCCGGAGGUCCAGCAGCACAUGAGGGAGGAGUCCAGGGCUACACUGGGACAUAGUGGGGUCUACGACAGAGACAUAGCCUUCAUCAUGGACGACCUGGGAGGAGCCAUGUCUGACAGCGAAGCCCUAACUGACUCCAUGCUGACUCUGAACAGAGAUGAUCCCAGAAUCUUUCAUGAGAGUAUCAGACACGCCGGAGGCCCCAACUGGAACAUAGAAGCGUACCACCUGAGGAGGGAGGACACUGACUGGUUUGAUAAGCCUGCAGAGAGACAACAUCAGGAAAAUGGACAGCCUCUGGACAGGAGACAGAUUAAGCUGAUUCCCUAUGUGUUCCCUCACACCCGGCUCAAACUACAGAGGGACCCCAAGGACACCAGUGUCUCAGGGAAUGGCCUGGGGAUCCGUGUGGUGGGAGGAAAGGAGAUUCCUGGUUGUCAUGGUGAGAUAGGAGCCUACAUCGCUAAGGUUACACCCGGAGGAGUGGCCGAACAGACAGGGAAAGUGGUGGAAGGAAUGCAGGUGUUGGAGUUGAACGGGGUUCCUCUGAUGGGGAAGACUUACGAGGAGGUGCAGUGCAUUAUGGGUCAGCCAUCUACAGAGACUGAGCUCUGUGUGAGACUUGACCUGAACAUGCUGUCUGACCCUGAGCAUCCCCAGGCCCUUGAGAACCAUGACCAGCUGAAGCCUGGUGACAGGCAGUGUUCUCCAGGAGUGGACCCUAAGCAGCUGGCUGCAGAGCUGCAGAAGUUUUCCCAACAGCAGGCCCCUGGGAUGGGGGUAGGAAUGGGGGUGGGGGGGCCAGGAGGAGUAGGGAUCCUCUCUGCCCUUGACCGCUCAGCUCUGUUACACUCAGGCAAUGCAUCGGCUAGCUCUAGUGCCGUCCCCAGCCCCGGUCAGCCUGCCUCCCCAGCCAUCAACAAGAAACAACGCCACAACGCCAAGUCGGCAGCGGAUGUGCAGGUGCUAAAGUCUCAGCCUCACCCUAUAACAGGAGAAAUACAGCUCCAGAUCAACUAUGACAGGAACCUGGGGAACCUGAUAGUGCAUGUGCUCCAGGCCAGGAACCUGGCUCAGAGAGACCCCAACAGAUACUCCGACCCCUUUGUCAAGGUUUACCUCCUACCAGGGAGAGGACAAGUCAUGGUAGUCCAGAACGCAAGUGGUGAGAACAAGAGGAGGACCAAGUACGUUCAGAGGAGUCUGAACCCAGAGUGGAACCAGACCGUCAUCUACAAGAACAUACACCUGGAACAGCUGAAGAAGAAGACUCUGGAGGUGACAGUGUGGGAUUAUGACAAAUCUUCCUCCAAUGACUUCCUGGGAGAAGUGUUGAUAGAUCUGUCUAACACAACUCAGCUGGACAACACUCCUCGCUGGCUGCCUCUGAAGGAGCAGAGUGAGAGCAUUGAGCAUAGCAGAUCACAUCACACCGCCCAGGGGCCUGGGGGGCCAGGAGCAGGGGCAGGGCCGGGACAGGGGCCCAUAGCGGGGCAAGGACCAGGCAAGGACAUGGGGCCAGGAUUAGGACAAGGACAAGGCCUAAUGCAUGGACAGGGACAGGGGCAGGGACAGGGGCAGAUGGAGGAGUGCCUUGAGUCCCCCAAGAAUUCUGUGAUAAAGAGCAGAAGCCACGGGAUCUUCCCUGACCCAGCAAAAGACAUGCAGAUGGUGACUCUAGAGAAGUCCCACAGUAGUCCCGGCAGCUCUAAGUCAUCGUCAGAAGGCCAGCUUCGUUCCCACGGUCCGUCCCGCAGCCAGAGCAAGAGCAGUGUCACGCAGGCCCACCUGGAGGAUGCUGGGAUAGCUAUAGCUGCCGCAGAGGCCGCUGUGCAACAAGCCCGCCUCCAACCAAGACCAGGCCACAGGUUGGGGGAUGUGUCUGGGCCGGUGGUGUCCUCAGCCCCCAAUCUGCUGGAGGGGUAUGGGGGUCUGGAUGGAGAAGAGGGGGCUGGCACAGGGGUCGACAGCGCCAUUUUCCAGGUCCCACACAUAGGGAAGACCAUCCCCAACGGCAUUGACAAGUCUAGAGGACUGCCACUCUCGCUAUCAGACAAUGAGGGGGGUGGGGGUAAGACCCAGAUGAUGGGGGAGAUCAAGGUGGCCUUGAAGAAAGAGGUGAAACAAGAGGGAGACCAGCUGGUCCUGGAGGUUCUACAGUGUAGAAACAUCACUUACAAGUUCAAGAGCCCAGACCACCUACCAGAUCUCUAUGUGAAGCUGUACGUUGUUAAUGUGGCGACUCAGAAGAGGAUCAUCAAGAAGAAGACAAGAGUGUGUCGACAUGACAGAGAACCCUCCUUCAACGAGACCUUCAGGUUCAGCCUCAACCCCACCGGACACUCCCUGCAGUUGUUCCUGGUGUCUAACGGGGGUAAGUUUAUGAAGAAGACCCUGAUAGGAGAGGCCUACAUCUGGCUGGACAAGGUGGACAUGAGGAAGAGGGUGGUCAGCUGGCACAAGCUGCUGGUCAAUUCCACACACAACCAGUCCUGAGAGUUCAACUUGAGGUCACAGAGAGGUCAACCAGAUGUCAGUGAAGGUCAAUGAAUAGUAUUGGUCAGUGGUUGCUCGUAGAGGAGGACGAAAAAGAGGAAAAGGAAUAUGAGUUGCGUUACAGAGUGCCCUUCAUCUCCUUUGUGUUAUUGUAUGAAUGAAUGAAUGAAUGAAUGAAUGAAGGAAAGAAGGAAGGAAGGAAGGAAGGAAGGAAGGAAGGAAGGAAGGAAGGAAGGAAGGAAGGAAGGAAGGAAGGAAGGAAGGAAGGAAGGAAGGAAGGAAGGAAGGAAGGAAGGAAGGAAGGAAGGAAGGAAGGAAGGAAAAGGGCCUAUCCCCUCACACUGCCAUACAUGGACUGUACCCUGAUUCUUUAUUGGAUAGUAACAGCCAGAGACUCAAUCCUGAUUUCUGAUUGGACCAAAUAUUCAGAGACUGUACCCCGGAUUGGACAGAGGCUGCCAGCACACACACACACACACACACACACACACACAGAGAGAGAGAGAGAGAAAUGAAGAAGUCCCCUUAUCUGCUGUAAGAGGACACACACAUCUCACUAUCUCCCAGCUCUCUGCUGGACAUGUCGGAUGCAAAACCUGACGUCAAUCAGGACUGUGCAGCAAAACCACAGAGUAAUUACCAUGCCAGAACUACUCCUUUCUGUUUUGUCUGGAUCUGAUGCUGUUGUCUAUGAUUUAUCAUAGCCUCCACUUUAAGAUCUUUGUGAUCUGUGAAUCUGUCUGUCAUUCAGUCAGUCGGUGGGGUGCAAAUCAAUGUAUUUGUUUUUUUGUCCUGAGCUGCUUGAAGUAUGGAAUGUUUGUUGUAUGAUACUAUUCAUGUAAUGUAAAAAAAAACACAAAAAAAACAAGGUGUAUGUACAUUGAAAAUCUAUGGUUGAUAUUGCAGUAACUGUAACUGACAUUAUCUGAACACUUCCGUCCAAUAGGUGGCGGUAAUUCCCUAUUACAGUUAGUUGUCAACCGCCAUAAAACUCCAACUCGACCUUACCUGGACAAGUGUUAAUGUACAUUCAGAUGUAGAUAGAUAUAUGUCUGAAUAUUAAUUAUAUCAAAGACACACUGUACAGAGAAAUGUUAUUUAUGAACAUAGAGUUUAUAACAAUAAAUCUCCUCAUGUGCAGUUUAUUCUAAAGACUAAAUGUAUUCUGUACAGAAGGUAUGUAUGGAAGGAGCACAGACAAUCCAAUCACUUUAGCUCUGACGUUAUGCAGUUAUACUGGGUGUUAUUCAUUGGAAAAAAUAGGAAAAUGCAGUUCAAAUGGUGAAUGUAGAACUCAUUUUACAACUGAGACAUUAGAGGAGAACUUCCACAUGGAUAUCCCUCCUCUUACAGGUGGGGAGAAGAGAACAGAUAGAAAGGGGAUGUCAGGUCCCUUCCCCUUCAAGCUAUCCCCUAUUAUGUCCUGAAUGUUACUGACUGAGGAAGAUCAUGUGAUUUUACUGGACUCAUCUGACUUGAUGUUUUUGUGUUGUCUUUCACACACGUGACUGGAGGCUUAAACAAUAGCUCUGGUUUGAGAGAGAAACCUGGAUUGCUGGCCACUUUGCCCGUCCUGCAAUCGGACAGAGGGAUGUGUAGCAUCUCUCUGGUGAAGUGCUCUGCUCCCCAAACUGGGCCGCUCACCUGUUCUAUGUCAAAGCAACAGGUAAACACACCUGUCCUCUCGGUGUGUGCCAUCACAGUCUGGUUCUGUAUGCUGUGUGUGCCAUCACAGUCUGGUUCUGUAUGCUGUGUGUGUGUCUGUCGUCACACAUGGCCUAUUUUCCUCUCAAAGAUUAGCGCAAAAAGAAAGUGUGAACUGUUCUUUUAAAAAUCAAUGUGUGGUUUGUUUAUUAACAGAACAUCCAACAUCAUGCUGUACACAGUACACUGUAAAUUGUACACUGUGCAGUCGGUGUCAGUGUAAGUGGAGGUAAUGCAACAACACAGUGAACCAGCCUGUGGCACUGUCUCUGCUCAAUGCUCUAAGUCAUUACCUAUGGCCCAGUCAUCACAUAUGGCCGGGACAUGCUGAUACACACUAUACAUACACACUAUACAUCACUAUAGUAGCCUGGUUUACUUCUCGGUUCAGCUAUUACAUUCCAUUCCUUGUACUCUGUGUCUUUGGUAAAUGACAGGAGUGGCAGGGAGGGGAAUAUUAGCUAAAAAGAUUUGUACCCAGACUAUGAAUAUAUCAUAGUAAACAACAUCACCAGGUGACCCAACAGACCUACUACCCUCAACCCGACUGCUAGUGUCUAGGCAUAUCACUGAGGAACUAGGGGUGACAGAUGCAAUUUCCUAAUACAUAAAGUCCAUAUCAGAGGCUCGAAAUGCAGACACUGAGUCAAGAUGUCAGAAUGUUCAUGAGUCAAGAUGUCAGAAUGUUCAUAAAACAAAAAAUAAACAUGAUUUUAAAGAAAGGUAAAAAGUUUUACAAAAAUGUAAUUGUCGUGCCAACCUUAUUUUGUAAGCAAACCCAUUGGUUCUGUUGAAGUAAUUCUAUGCAACAUAGACUUUGUGUUUGAAUGCAUUUUCUUAACAUGUAAUAUCAGUGAACAUCGCGUCUGAAAAUAUGUAUCUUAUGAAGAGAAUUUUGAUUUAUUUUGAUUUAUAUAUUAUUCAAGAAAAAUAGAAAAAAAUAUAGAUACAUUUUUUACUACCUGUAUACAAUCAUAUACAUAAAGCUUGUGCACUUUAGUAUUACAUUGUUGACUGAUUUCCUUGUUCCGUGUAAAGUGUCAUAACAUGCAAGUUGAAGUGGCUGUUCCAGUUAGUGUCUUUAUGUUGAGAUGAUUUUGAGUUUGUGAUGUAUGAAGGAGUUCAUAUGACACUGUUUUUAAUUUACAUGGCAAAAGAAAAACUCAAAUUAAAUCUACAAUCACAGACAAUUUAAGGUACAUAUUGCUUCAUAUCUGAGGAGACACCAUCAAACUGUAUGGUUGAUAUAACCACCAACACAUGUAUGUAUAAAUCCAUGAUGUUCAGUCUGAGAAGAAUUAUGAGGUCAUUUUCAAAGCCCAACUCCAGGUUUGUCCCCCCUUUCAUGUUCUCCUCAGAUUACACUCAGCUAGAUUGUCAAUAUCCAUUGUCGCUCAGUCCGUUCCUAGUAACCAUGAAACCAAUCAAACGUGUGUAUCUGUGAGGGGUGUGAAUGUGGCGUACUCAUCUGAUCUAUGUAAAUAUAAAGUGUUUUAUUUUCUACAGAGAUUGAUUGUUCGUAUUGUCUGAGGUUUGAGCAUGUGAGUGUAAAACAAAAAUACAAAAACACUUAAAACCUGUCUGUCUGUCUGUCUCUAGUGGUGUGUGUGAGAAGGUGAUUAUGUGAUCUGACCGUGCGUUGUCAACCCAUGGGUGUCUGACUGUAAAACUAUGUCAAAGAUGCCCAGCCAACCAGAGGGGACAAAUCUACUUAAUUUCAGUUGUUUGAGACUUCCUGUUACCACACUGGAUGUUGCAUGUCUGUCAAUAUUUUGCUUCCAGAUAUGUUCAAAAAGAGGGAGAUAAUAUGUAUAGAUUUAUCGGAAGUUGUAUGCCGACUGUAUAAAGAUUAUGCUUGUAAAAUGGUCUUGUUUUUCACUCAGUGUAAAAAUGGGGAAUCUAUCGUUCUGGUUUUGUGGUUGUACACAGGAUGUGUUAAGAUAUUAUUAUGCAAAUUGUGCUGUAAAAAAGGCUGUUUCCCUAAAAUCUAAAGAAUAAAUAUAAAAAGAGAUUUAUUCCACAAGCUAAA